GGAACCCUGUUUAUGACGUGAUGGAACCGGAUCAGGUUCCAGGAUGGCCCGGUUCUCCGUCUGUUCUCACAGAGCCUCUCUGACGGGUUUGUUUCCCCUGCCAGCUGUGAGCAGACGCUCGGGAACGUCCCGUCCUGUAAGAUGUUCUCUGUUCUCCAUAGACUCUGGUAAAGGUUCUUAGUGAGGAGACCACUGAUCUAGAACAGAGAACAUUAAAGUCCCACAACAGGAACCAGAGCCGUAGACGCUGGUCUGACCCCUCCUCUGGCUCACGCCUCAUGUGGGAGAAGCAGGAAGUGGGACGUCUCCCCAGCAGCCAAUAGCAGAGCCAGGCUGCUUCCCUCUAACCAAUCAGAGAGGGUGGGUGUGUCUCUGAUCGUCUCCCCACACUCAGGUCCAGAGUCUCAGUGGAUCAGCUGUUGGACUGAGGCUGAAUGAAGACUGAAGUUCCUCCACAGUACUCCAUAGUAGACUUCAUAGUACUCUAUAUACUUCAUAGUACUCUAUAUACUUCAUAGUACUCUAUAUACUUCAUAGUACUCUAUAUACUUGAUAGUACACGGUGUGGUACUGGGUGUACUUCCUGCCACGGUGUGGUACCGCCACCAUGGACUCUGACGGCCUCCCCGCUCUCUCUCUCGUCUCCCUGCUGUCUCUGCUGGGCUGUGGCGUCCAGGUGUUGGCUGCUGCCUUCCUCGCUCACAGGUACGGUGGGCGGAGCUCACCUGUGGACAGGUGGAUCCUGCUGUGGCUUUUCUAUGAUGUCAUCGUCCACCUGACGCUGGAGGGUCCCUUCGUUUACAUGUCUCUGGUGGGGACGGUGGAGACGUCUGAAGGGCCUCUGGCUGAACUCUGGAAGGAGUACGGUAAAGCAGACAGUCGCUGGCUGGUUUCUGACCCAACUAUCGUCUCUGUGGAGAUUCUGACGGUGGUCCUGGACUCUCUUCUAGCUCUGCUGCUGAUACACGCAGUGCUCAACGACAAGUACUACAGACACUUCCUGCAGGUCACUCUGAGCGUGUGCGAGCUGUACGGCGGCUGGAUGACCUUCUGUCCUGAUUGGCUGCAGGGCAGUCCUCACCUGGACACGUCCAACCCGCUCUACCUCUGGCUCUACCUGGUCUUCUUUAAUGGACUCUGGGUCCUGGUUCCGGUUCUGCUGCUGGUCCAGUCCUGGCUGGUCUCAGCGGCCUCCAUGCGGUCAGAGACGCAGGCCCCACCCACAGGAAGCAGCUCUAGAGACGGCCCCGCCCACAGGAAGCAGCUCUAGAGACGCAGGCCCCGCCCACAGGAAGCAGCUCUAGAGACGCAGGCCCCGCCCACAGGAAGCGGCUCUAGAGACGCAGGCCCUGCCCACAGGAAGCGGCUCUAGAGACGUCACCUGGACCCGGACU